AUGCUGCUUGAUAGCUCGCGAACUCACAUUCCUGAUGAAGCGCGAGCGCACUUGACAGAGUACAAGGACGACCCAGGCGAUGGUGGAGUGAAAGACCUGUCAAUCACCAACAAGAUCUACAUGGACACCAAGUUGGAGAGAAUGCUGCAUCCGGAAAGUUACCACCAUCUUACUCGACACUACGCAGAUAUGUCUCGUAAACACUCCAUGUUGUUUCCAUUCCAUCGCACCCGGCUAGUCAAAUUGCCGCCAGGGGAAGGGGAGCGCUUGUCCGCGGAAGGAAAAGCGGAAUUGGAAAGAAUGCGAAAGGAAGAUCCUCCAAAGCCUAAAGGUGGAUUCAAGUACGAGUUCGAUGGACCCGACGUUCCUCCUUGGCAUCUGCGACCAGUCGAUGAGCGAGCAGAUCCUCCGAAAGCCAAGCGUCCUCGCACAUUCUCGGGUCUUCACAGAUUCAGUAAGCCGCGCGCCACGACUCGUCGUCGUACAGGCCGCGUCACUUCUCGAGCCCACUCCGCCUUGCGUUCCCCAUCGCCCGAGCCACAGUCCCCUCCUGCAAGAGCUACUUCUCCUGAAAGCUCGAAGAUGUCUACUGGUCGUUCGUGA